AUUAAUUCUUUUACACAGACCAGAAAGUUGGGGCAAGCGUUAUAUGUUUCAAGGAGUUAAAGGUCAACCAGGUGCAAUACGCUGUAGUGCUGAUAAUAAAACCCUCUUGAAAAAUUUAAAAGCUUCUCAGAUACUUUCAAUAGUAGAAGUUAAAACUGAACAGUUAAUGAGAAAUUUGAUAAAAGAUGGAACUGAAUUGUCUGAGGCAUAUAACACAGCAUUGACAGUGGAUGAUGAUGGAACAGCAGAAUAUACUAGGCAUCAAAAAAUUAUUAGAAUCAUUAGACAAAUAUUUGGAUAUAUGGUUGUUAAUGACCUACAAUAUGGUUUGCUUACAACAUACAUUCGAACAUGGUUUUUUUACUGUCAAUAUCAAAAUCCAGACAUAAUUUACAUUUCUCCUGCAGUUUAUAUCAAUCAGGGACACACAGAUAAUUAUGCCUCAUUCUCUGAAUGUGUACGUUCUAAGAAAAAGGGUGUUUUUAAGAAUUCUUUGAGGGUAUUCACUCGUAGCAUGUCAAAAAAAGGUAAAGAAACAGCAAUUAGCGAUGAUGAACUUCUCAAAAACAUGAAAAAUUAUAAACGCAACCAAAUUUCUUUUGGUGAUUUGUUGGGAGGUGGUCGAUCUGGUGCUGUUUUUACAGCCAAGUUUUAUGAAAAAAUAGGUGCUCUUAAAAUGGUUGACUUAUAUAAAAAGGAGUAUCUGGUAACUGAAAUGCUAAAUGAAAUUAAAAUCUACCUUGGACCUCUUGUGGACAUCCAGGAAAUUUUCAUACCAAAGCUUCUAAAAUAUGGAGUUCUUCAUGAAGCUUUUGUAUUUAUUUUUAUUCCAUUUGCUGGAAGAUCUUUUGCAGAGCUAGAAAAUAAUGUCACAAAAGAAGAGAAGAAGUUGGCUAUUUUGGGCUUACAAGCAAUACAUGCAAGAGGGGUAAUGCAUGGAGAUGUCAGAUUAGAGAAUGUAAUGGUAAAGAGAGAUGAAUUGGUGGGUAAGACUCUUGUGUGGUGGAUUGACUUUGGAUGGAGCAGAAUGGGAUGCAAUGAAAAAGUUCUGAAUAUGGAGUUGAUUGAGUUGAAACGUUUACUUGGCAUGACAAGUAAGCAUGAUACAAUAAUUAGUGCAAUCUGCAAUAUAUCAACAUCUCAGCAAUAG